CAAGACACUAAUAAAACAUUGAAAAAAAACUUAAUUAUUCGUGAAAACAGUGUUUAACUUGACCAUUUAAAAAAAUACUCUAUACGAGUGCAUCUUUCAAAAAAUUCACGGUGAAUAAUAAUUUGAGUGAUAAUACCUUACUAGUAAAAAAUUAACGCUCGUACAAAGAUCGGUGAGAUAUUUGAAUAAAAUUUUAAAAAAUAUUCCGAAGUCAAGAUGCCAGCGGCAUCCUCCAUCUAUUGGAACUCCGUGGACUCACAAGUGUCUUCUGGCGGUAGUUCUGGCGAUUCGAAUUCCAGAAGUGGAAGGCAAUACGUCGAUCCUUGGGAUUUGGAGAACUAUGCUUAUUUACGCAGGCACAGUAUCGCCUCUAUGUCUUAUCCUUAUCCUCAACCUCAUCCUCAGCUUCAGCAACGUUCAAAUCGGCGACGUGAACAGGAUGUCAGACCAGAAGCCGAGUACUGUUAUGGACCACCUAUAAGGGAACCAGGAUAUGACGCGCCAGCUUCUGUAGAGGAACUUUAUUUUGGUCCACCAAGACAUCCUAGCAAUGCGUGCUACUAUCAUCAUCCGAUUUAUGAGGAUGAUGUUCCACAUUACGCAACUUCGCAUUCCAUCUAUGCACCCCUCUCUGACCUCGAUCAUCACAGUCCGACUGCGGAAGAACGUGGACUUCAGGAAAUGUUAAAAGGCAGGCAUAAGCUUUCACGUGCGAAGGGACAUCGCAGGGAGACAUGUCUAUAUCAUGGAAUAUCAAGCCCGAGUCUUCAGGAAUCAGCUAAGGAAAUUCCUGUGCAUAGAAUGAUAAAGAAGAAGAUCAGUAAACAUGUUGAAGUGAUUCCAUCUUCGGAACUUGAUUUAAAUACUUAUGGCCAUUUGAAAAUUGAUUACACAAACAGUUGGAAUUCUCUACAUAGAAAGAUUAGUAAAUGAUAUGACAAACGGUAUAAAUUUGUUGUGAAAUUUGAGAUUGAUGUCUAAAAUGCAGAUGCGUUGAAUAUUGUGUCUUGUGAUUUACGUUUAAAAGAAUGAAGUUUUGUUGAGAAAUCUUCCGUUUUUUUUUGAAAUUGUUUAUUUAUUUAAUAAUUCAUUAAUCAAUGUGAGGACCAGUUAAGUGCCGUUGAAACAUGAUUUUUAUUUACUGACGCCAUGAAAAAAAUUCUUGUAUUUUCAUCACGCAUUUUCAUUUCUUGCACAUACUAUACCUAUAGAUUGACAAGAGCGUAAGACAUGUUUCCUUGUUUUACGUACAAAAAAUAAGAAUAUAAUCGUAAUAUUUUCAUAAUGUUGAAAUAAGAACUAAACCGAUGUAAAAUUAAUGACCCUUUUGUGAUCAGAAUAAAGUAUUUUUUCCUUUA